AUGGAGGUCCACCCAGGCAUGUCAUUCUACAAUGAUGUACAAGACAGAACAGCCUUAGUAACAAAAACCUGGGAACCUACUGAUCACCUAACUCCACUGCGUAUCCCCCCAGGCCCACCUACAUCUCCAGACAGGUGUGAGAAACUAAGGGAAACAUUCCAGCUGAACAAGCCUGCCUUGAAAGCAGGACAAGAAUCUGGAAGGAGGGAGCCGAUGUUGCCAGAAUCUCACACAAACUAGGAGCCACCUUACAAGAUUAACCAUGAACACCACUAUGGCAAUACCAGAGAGGUCCCAUCUUUCGAUUUCUAUGCCUUUUGAUGAGUGGAUAUUGUGAAUAAAAAAUAUAAAACCCCAGGGACUCUUCUUGUGGAGAGCCGUUAUCGGCCUUUUCAUCCCUACGUCCAUGGCAACAUUGACAUCAGAGGUCCCCCCUCUAGAAACGAAGAUGCCGGUGAACUUUCCAAUAUUGAUAGAGAAGUUGUAGGGCCAGGACAGCAGGCAUCCUUUCGUAUUUCUGAGUUUGCUGAAGGAAGUAACCAGACACAUGACCCUAAUGGUUCAGCUAGAAUUCCUAAAUCCACUUUCAAGCCCCCAGAGCUUGACAUUUCAUACAGAGCUGCCAAUAUGCUGGAAAAUGUAAAGAAAGCCCUUUGGCUGUCCACUUACAAGCGGGAUUACACAGGUAGAGGUUCUAUGAACCCCUUGCUUCUAGAUGACUAUGAUGCCAAAAUAAUUGGCAGAGCAACAGGAGAACUGGGCAAAGAAGUGGAGCUGAGAGAAUCGUUUCCAUCAGCAACUUCUCAAGUGAGACCCUUGGAUGGGCGCAUUGCCCGUGCACUUCAAGGCAGACAAUUUCAAAUCUCAGGCCCUCAACAGCAGGACUCCUCAGAUGUUCAUGGGCCUCCGCUUCUUUGUACAGAUAACUCCGUUGUUCCCAGAUAUUCAGAGGGGCUGCAGAGCAGUGGGAAAAUGUCACCGAGUUCAUUUCAGCAGUGUUCCAGGACAGAAAGCAGAGCAAGGAGAGGAGACGAGUACUUGCUUCAAAAUCGGAUUCAGCCUCAGUUAGAUGGCCAGGGAGAAAACCAUCAAGAAAAAAAGCUACCAUGGAACAGAUUUAGGAAAAUUACAGAUACCUGGAAAAUGGAGCAUUUGUACCAAAGGCAGCUUGCAGUUCCACCUGAUCCAGAGCCGUCUCUGAAGCCUGCAGAUUCCAUUUACUACGAAGAUCUGCAACCCUCCCGUUUAAACAAAUACAUAGUAUGGCACAACCCCAUCACCCUCUGUAAACCAACCUCAACGCAUCUGUACUUCGAAAAGAUCGCAGACAUCCUGGCAAUCCAGUUUGCUUCUAAUCUUAAGGAAAUUGCAAUGAGCUCCCCAUCCCCAGAGUGGAUUCCCAAUUGCGGGGUGCCUCGGCCUCAAAUGAAGUUGCUUGAUAUCCAGCAUUCUUUUAGGAAAGGGGAAGCCAUCAAGCACCUGAGCGACUUAACUAGAGGGGGCAUGAGGGACCUGCGGGAUCAUGACAGGGAAGGGAAAAGGCACAGAUUCCAGGGCAUGAACAGUUAUUUCCUCAACUGA